CCACUCACGAGACAGUUCCAGGUCCAGUAGAAUAUGUGAAUGUGACUGUUGUAGAUGUCAAUACUCUCGAUGUGUCGUGGGAUCCUCCAACAUACCCUAAUGGAGACCUCACUGGAUACCAAGUCUUGGUCAUAAACCGUACAAAGACAACCUCCAAUAAAGUUCCACCUCACUUGAACCGACUGAUAAUUGAUAGA